CCGACCCCCGGCCGAGGGGAUGAGGGGAGCAUGGGCGCCAAGGAGUCACGGAUCGGAUUCCUCAGCUACGAGGAGGCGCUGAGGAGAGUUACAGAUGUAGAGCUGAAGCGACUUAAAGAUGCCUUCAAGAGGACCUGUGGACUCUCAUAUUACAUGGGCCAGACCUGCUUCAUCAGGGAAGUACUUGGGGAUGGAGUACCUCCAAAGGUUGCUGAGGUGAUUUAUUGUUCUUUUGGUGGAACACCCAAAGGGCUACAUUUCAAUAACUUAAUAGUUGGACUAGUCCUCCUUACAAGAGGCAGAGAUGAAGAAAAAGCAAAAUACAUUUUUAGUCUUUUUUCAAGUGAAUCCGGGAGCUAUGUUGUACGGGAAGAAAUGGAAAGAAUGCUUCAUGUGGUGGAUGGUAAAGUCCCAGAUACACUCAAAAAGUGUUUCUCAGAGGGUGAAAAGGUAAACUAUGAAAAAUUUAGAAAUUGGCUUCUUAUAAACAAAGAUGCUUUUACCUUCUCUCGUUGGCUACUGUCUGGAGGUGUGUAUGUUACCCUAACUGAUGAUAGUGAUACUCCUACUUUCUACCAAACUCUGGCUGGUGUCACACAUUGUUUGUUUAAUGCCUUUGAUGAAAAUCGUGACAAUCACAUAGACUUUAAGGAGAUAUCCUGUGGGUUAUCAGCUUGCUGCAGGGGACCCCUGGCUGAAAGACAGAAAUUUUGUUUCAAGGUGUUUGAUGUUGACCGUGAUGGAGUUCUCUCCAGGGUUGAACUGAGAGACAUGGUGGUUGCACUUUUAGAGGUCUGGAAGGACAACCGCACUGAUGAUAUCCCCGAAUUACAUAAGGAUCUCUCUGACAUUGUGGAAGGCAUAUUGGAUGCACAUGACACUACAAAAAUAGGCCAUCUUACUCUAGAAGACUAUCAGAUCUGGAGUGUGAAAAAUGUUCUUGCCAAUGAAUUUUUGAAUCUUCUCUUCCAGGUAUGUCACAUAGUUCUUGGGUUAAGACCAGCUACUCCAGAAGAAGAAGGACAAAUUAUUAGAGGAUGGUUAGAACGAGAAAGCAGGUAUGGUCUGCAGCCAGGACACAAUUGGUUUAUCAUCUCCAUGCAGUGGUGGCAACAGUGGAAAGAAUAUGUCAAAUACGAUGCCAACCCUGUUGUAAUUGAGCCCUCAUCUGUUAUGAAUGGAGGAAAAUUUUCGUUUGGUGCAGCAGUACAUCCUAUAGAGCAGGGUGAUGAUAGAAUUGGAGGCAACCUCAGUUACAUGAAUACCUCAGAAGAAAAAUUUUCAGACAACAUUUCUACUGCAUCUGAAGCCUCAGAAUCUGCAGGCAGUGGCUUUUUGUAUUCUGCCACACCAGGGACAGAUAUAUGCUUUGCUCGACAACAUAACACUUCUGACAAUAACAACCAGUGUUUGCUAGGAGCCAAUGGGAAUAUUCUGUUACACCUUAAUCCUCAGAAACCAGGAGCUAUUGAUAACCAGCCACUAGUAACUCAAGAACCAGUAAAGGCCACAUCAUUAACAUUAGAAGGAGGACGAUUAAAACGAACUCCCCAGCUGAUCCAUGGAAGAGAUUAUGAAAUGGUUCCAGAACCUGUAUGGAGAGCACUUUAUCACUGGUAUGGAGCAAAUCUGGCCCUACCUAGACCAGUAAUUCGAAACAAAGACAUGAGUUGGCCUGAAGAGAUGUCCUUUAUAGCUAACAGUAGUAAAAUAGAUAGACACAAAGUUCCCACAGAAAAGGGAGCCACAGGUCUGAGUAAUCUGGGAAACACAUGCUUCAUGAAUUCAAGCAUCCAGUGUGUUAGUAACACACAGCCACUGACACAAUACUUUAUCUCAGGGAGACAUCUUUAUGAACUGAACAGGACAAAUCCCAUUGGUAUGAAGGGCCACAUGGCCAAAUGCUAUGGUGAUUUAGUACAGGAACUUUGGAGUGGAACUCAGAAGAACGUUGCCCCAUUAAAGCUUCGGUGGACCAUAGCAAAAUAUGCUCCCAGGUUUAAUGGAUUCCAGCAACAAGACUCCCAGGAACUCCUGGCUUUUCUCUUGGAUGGUCUUCAUGAAGAUCUCAACCGAGUACAUGAGAAGCCAUAUGUGGAACUGAAGGACAGUGAUGGCCGACCAGACUGGGAAGUAGCUGCAGAGGCCUGGGACAACCAUCUGAGGAGAAAUAGAUCAAUUGUUGUGGAUUUAUUCCAUGGGCAGCUAAGAUCCCAAGUCAGGUGCAAGACAUGUGGACAUAUAAGUGUCCGAUUUGACCCUUUCAAUUUUUUGUCUUUGCCACUACCAAUGGACAGUUAUAUGCACUUAGAAAUAACAGUAAUUAAAUUAGAUGGUACCACCCCCAUACGCUAUGGACUAAGACUAAAUAUGGAUGAAAAGUAUACAGGUUUGAAAAAACAACUGAGUGAUCUCUGUGGGCUUAAAUCAGAACAGAUCCUUCUUGCAGAAGUACAUGGUUCUAACAUAAAGAAUUUGCCUCAGGACAACCAAAAAGUUCGCCUCUCAGUGAGUGGAUUUUUGUGUGCAUUUGAAAUCCCCCUUCCUCCAUCUCCAGUUUCAGAAUCUAGUCCAGUACAAACAGAUUUCUCCUCUUCUCCAUCUACAAAUGGGAUGUUCAGCCUAACUACCAACGGGGACCUGUCUCGACCAAUAUUCAUCCCCAAUGGAAUGCCAAAUACUGUUGUGCCAUGUGGAACUGAGAAGAGUUUUACAAAUGGAAUGGUGAAUGGUCAUUUGCCAUAUCUUCCUGACAUCCCUGUUACAGGAUACAUUGUUGCAGUCCACCGAAAAAUGAUGAGGACAGAACUGUAUUUCCUGUCAUCUCAGAAGAACCGCCCCAGCCUCUUUGGAAUGCCACUGAUUGUUCCCUGUACUAUGAAUACCCGGAAGAAAGACCUAUAUGAUUCAGUUUGGAUUCAAGUAUCUCGAUUAGCCAGCCCACUCCCACCUCAGGAAGCUAGUAAUCAUGCUCAGGAUUGUGAUGACAGUAUGGGAUAUCAAUACCCAUUCACGCUACGAGUUGUGCAGAAAGACGGGAACUCCUGUGCUUGGUGCCCAUGGUAUAGAUUUUGCAGAGGUUGCAAAAUUGCUUGUGAUGAAGACAGAGCUUACAUUGGAAAUGCCUCUAUUGCUGUAGAUUGGGACCCCACAGCCCUUCAUCUCCGUUAUCAAACAUCGCAGGAAAGAGUUGUAGAUGAGCAUGAGAGUGUAGAGCAGAGUCGGCGAGCACAAGCUGAGCCCAUCAACCUAGACAACUGUCUCCGGGCUUUCACCAGUGAGGAGGAGCUAGGGGAAAAUGAGAUGUACUACUGUUCCAAGUGUAAAACCCAUUGCUUGGCAACCAAGAAGCUGGAUCUCUGGAGGCUUCCCCCCAUCCUGAUUAUUCACCUGAAAAGAUUUCAGUUUGUUAAUGGCCGGUGGAUAAAAUCACAGAAAAUUGUUAAAUUUCCUCGUGAAAGUUUUGAUCCUAGUGCUUUUUUGGUACCAAGAGACCCAGCUAUCUGCCAGCAUAAAGCACUCACACCCCAGGGGGAUGACCUCUCUGAAUCAAGGGUUCCAGAAGAAGUAAAGAAAGUGGAUGCCCAGAGCUCAGCAGGUGAAGAAGAUGUGCUCCUGAGCACAAGUCCUUCCUCACUCAGUGCAAACAUCACUAGUAGCCCAAAAGGUUCUCCUUCUUCAUCAAGGAAAGGUGGAACUAGCUGUCCCUCCAGCAAAAACAGCAGCCCAAACAGUAGCCCACGGACUUUGGGGAGGAGCAAAGGGAGGCUCCGGCUGCCUCAGAUAGGUAGCAAAAAUAAGUUGUCAAGUAGUAAGGAGAACUUGGAUGCCAGCAGAGAGAAUGGGGCUGGGCAGAUCUGUGAGCUGACUGAGACCUUGAGCAGAGGGCAUAUGCUGGGAGGCAGCCAGCUGGAGCUGGUCACCCCUCAGGACCAUGAAGUCACUUUGGCCAAUGGAUUUCUUUAUGAGCAUGAGGCAUGUGGCAAUGGCUACAGCAAUGGUCAACUUGGAAACCACAGUGAAGAGGACAGCACUGAUGACCAAAGAGAAGAUAGUCAUAUGAAACCUAUUUAUAAUCUAUAUGCAAUUUCAUGCCAUUCAGGAAUCCUGGGUGGGGGCCAUUACGUGACUUACGCCAAAAACCCAAACUGCAAGUGGUACUGUUACAAUGACAGCAGCUGUAAGGAACUUCACCCUGAUGAAAUUGACACUGACUCUGCCUACAUUCUUUUCUAUGAGCAGCGGGGGAUAGACUAUGCACAAUUUCUGCCAAAGAUUGAUGGCAAAAAGAUGGCAGACACGAGCAGCAUGGACGAAGACUUUGAGUCUGAUUACAAAAAGUACUGUGUGUUACAGUGAAGGCUACUGCUGCGCUGCUAGAUGGGCUGGUGGUGUGGGAGAGAUGACUCCUUGUAGCUGACAUUUGGCAAAAGCAUCACUGAAAGGCAGGCUAAAUGUAGUUAUUUUAUUCUGUGACCCUGAAGCACAAAAGAGAAAUCCUAAUUAAAAUAGCAGUGAAGCUUAAGAAGAAUAACCAUUUUCUUUUGAAGUCUCUCUGGUUGAAAACCUUUAGGCAGAUUCUACCAUUAGCCUCUAAACAAAAGGGUUUGGCACCAACCACCUGGGACCAAAUAAGAAUUCAAUUGUGCUUGUCCAGAUAUGAACAGACUUGUAGUGAGGAUAGAGUUUACCAAUAAUCAUAACAAAAUACUAAGGAUUUCCUUAGAGUCAAGGUAAAAAAAAAAAUUUUUUUUAAUUGUAGUGUUGUCUAGGACGACAUGAUAUGCUACCUCCUUUUCCCUGAAGUUAUAUUGACAAAAUAAGAAAGCAAGAUCUUGAAAGGUAUGCAAAUGACUCUCAUGCCAUGAACACAGAGUUUUCAUCUUUUAAACCCAUUUCCCCACUCUUCCUAAGUCUUUCUUGCUUUCUGUUACUGUGUUUGUGUUUGAGACACAACCAGUCAUUGGUGGCAGAGACAUAUUAGUGGUCAAUCUGAGAGGGAUAAUCUCUUAAAAAGCUAUGUCCUUUGGGCCAGGGUCUUAGUUGGAAGAUCCAGGAGAAAGAAAAAGCAUCUGUGAAAGCCAGUUAAAAUGGCUGCGCUGAUAAAGGCAUCCCUUCUUGUAGGAUACUCCAAGUGUCCUCAAAACUUUCUCCCCCACACACUGUGAGUGUGGCAGGGUGGUUGCCAGUGUUUGCACCAUCUUCCCAUGCACGUGUUGCACAGAGGUUCUAGGAGAGUAUGUGGCGUCAGAGUUAGAUGGUGUUUCACAUUAGUGGUGGUUUUUCUCCCUGUUUCUUGUUUUGCACUUUAAAAAAGAAAAUACAUGCAAACAGACUUACAUUUUGAUGGCUCUAAGGGCUAUAAACUAACUUGAUUGGGGGUAUUUUCCCCAUCUUAUAAAAAUUUAAAAACAAAACACAUCCCAAACCUUGAUAGUUAGUGUAGUUUUAAUGAAAUUGGUGAGUUUAGAAAGUAAACUGUUUGGUUUGCACAUCCAUUUAUUUUUUUAUUUAGGUUUUUUGUUUUGUUUGUUCUUGAUUUGUUGUUUUUUUUUUUGCACUAGUUAUCAAAAGUUGUAUCUUUGCUUAUAUCAUUUUUCUUCUGAUUAUUCAAGACUGGAACAAAAAUGAAUGUUAUUUAUUUUCAAGCAGCAUUUUUUUCCUGUGUUGUGUUUUAAUAUCUAUUCAAAGGAAAUGUUUCUCCUUAUUUUUUGUUCUUCUUUUUAAAAAAUUUUAUUUGGACCCUAGAAGUUAAUUCUCACAGUCAGCUCCUUUGAACCUUCCUUCCUCAUGGGUAGUAAAUGCCAGUGUAAUUAAGCAUUCGUGUUGUGAUAUCUGAGGCCAGUAACUACUAGUUCUUCCCAGAGCAUUUAGAAAGGUUGCCUUUAGUGGCUUCCUAAGUUGGAACUUUUUUCAGAAGAAUAUAAUUGCAAGUAGGAAGGAAUGGCCAAAUGAUUUAAUGUAAUGAAGUCAAAAUGCAUACAUUGUAGUCUCAAGAUUUUCAGUGUAUCCAAUCUGUCCAUUUCUACCUAGACAAGUCCCAUGAAAAAAGUAGAUUUUAAAUAAUUUCCUUACAGAUGUUUUAUUUAAACAGGUAGCACAAUCUACUAAUGUUGUUUGAUCUGUGUUUGUUAUAUUGGUUGUAAUUAAUUUUUUAAAUUCAUGAACUAGCAGAAAAUUUAUUAAAUUAACUAUUAACUUACAUUCACCUUGUAAAUUUCUGUAUAAAACUUGUUGACAAUGCACUGACUUUAGAAAGACGUUAAUGUACAUAAAUAGAGUGUAAAUAAAAUAGUGUUGUACUGAAAUAUGAACUGUAUAAAACGUAUUGGUAAUUAUAUAUGGAGUGUAUCUGUUUAUCUGUAACUAUUACCCAAACAAAUUAAAUACUGUGGAUGCCCAUGUGUUGUUUUCCUCAUACAAGUAAACAAAAAAAUCGACUUCUCAGCCUUU